ACCAAAGCAGCGUCAACACGGCCAGCGCGGGCGGGUGGGGGAAUAUAUACCUUGGCUGCCCGCGGCCACGCCUCUUGGAGUCAAGGGUAUGAUGAAGUGGGCCCCCACCAAUAGGACAUCCUUCGCUCUUCCCGCAUGCAAUUCCUACCUGUGGCACUUCACCUUCGCACUUCAACUUCAGACCUCACCUUCGCCCUUCAGCUAGCUUAUAAGACUGAGCGCGCACCACCCCUUCCAAGAGUUCAUCGACCAUACAACCCCGAUCAAUCAUGCUACUUCGAUCGCAAGAAUCUCUCUCAUAGAACAAACUCCUUUUCGCAGCAUGGGGAAUGAGUCGCCAACAGUAUCUUACAGUAAGGAAGUUCCUUGUCCUUCUAUCACGAACUCUGCUUGCCCACCCCCAACAGUCGAUGUGUUUUUGCAAUCGACCUUCCCUUCUCUGCUCUCCCAUGGUCCAACCCCUACCCACCUCGUCCGGUUCACCGAGCCAGACACACUCAUUUCAGCUCUGCAUAAGCUCAAGGUGAAGCUCAUGCCUGAGUUCCUGAAGCGCCGGACAUUUCAGCGCCUCCUAUUGACCGCUUUCGGGAGAGUCGAUGUGGGUACCGCCAUGUUGGUGGCCGAUCAGAACCCCGGUCUACCCCGGGCUGACCGGCCAACAGGUGGGUACAUACACGGAUUUACAGAGGCCAGCCUCUUGACUCAGAUCUGGUACACGAGUUCAUCCUUCGCAGGAAGCCAGAACGCCUUGCAGUUGGAUGUCCUUCGCCGACUUGCGGACUUGAAAGUGGCCGCUUCUGGUUCUCAGGGCCGUCAUGAGACGGUAGUACUGGUGGUGAGGGUCACGCCGAACGAAGUCAAAAUCAUACUUUCCUUACUGUUUCUGGCGUUUGUGCUAAGUGUGGUAAUUGGUACUUGUACAUCAAGCUUAGGGAACGGAUUGGCGGUCGCAUCUGCGUUGUUUGCUCUUUUCUCAUCUAUUCAUCCAUUGUGUGUCUUGAUACGAGGGCAGUUGAAAUGAAUUACAAUAUUGUUGGCACCUAAGUGUAAUUAUGAGUGUGAG